AUGGCGAAAAACACUGCAAAUCUUUCCGGCGAAGCUUCUUCUCCUCUCCUCUUCCGACAUGUUUCACCAGGACCCGGUGAUUCGACCUUGCAGUUUAGGCUUCUUCAUUUCUGGGAAGCUCGCAAGAAUGGUACUGUGGCUCAGGGGUUCAUCGGUCUGAACCGUCGCAACCAAUACGAGAAAGAGCUCAAGCGUGGGAUGAUCUACGCACUGACCAACUACUAUGCAUCAAACACCAAGGUGAUGUACCAUGUUGCUGACCAGAGGCUGGUAAUUUGCAUCUCACACGCCUCUGAGCUGAGGAAGGUGGAAGAAGACAUUGAAGCCAUUUUGACAGAGCGCUUCAGAAUCCAUUCCUUUGCAGAUUUUGAAGCCAACUGUGAUCUCAGAGGAGAUCUUCACGAUGUUGUCGGCCACCUUAAGCUGGUUGAUGGGCAUCCUCUCCAUCAGCGUCCGGUUUUGUGCACCAAGGAUGACUUAGCUUCUCGGAAAGUGAUGAUUCAUUUGCAACUUAAAGAUGGUCCAGUGAUUAACGUGUACCUAUGGGACGAGGCUACGGAGAAUUUCCGCGUGAAGUUUGACGCCUGUGCAGACACUCCAACGGUUCUAUUGGUUACAACGGUCAAUCCUAAGAGACUAGGUGGGAAAUUAUGCCUAAGUUCAAUGUCUUCAUCAAGAGUGUUUUUGGACGAAGAGGUUGACCCCACCAAGGAAUACUUGACAUGGUUGACCACGAACCUGAUAUCUUGCAUAUUUCUAAUGUAA